AUGACUCUCUGUAGGCAUUUUACAAGUAUUUCGCUCAGCUAUCCUUUCUCUCGUCGUCGUAAACGUCGACAAGCAGGUUUUGUACCGUCAGUUCAAAUGGACAAGAUAUUACAAUCGCAGCCAAUGAUGCCGCCUCCAAUGUUGUUACCACCAAUAUUAGAAUCAACAAUUAUCAGUCCCAAUGAUGUCAAUACAAAAGAUUCCGUAAAUCGUGUUGAAGAAACUGUGCGACAUUUUGAUAUUCCAAAUGGAGAAGGAAUUCAAAAAGUAGAAAAAACAAUUGCUCAGGAUCCACUUGGUACCUUAUCUGAUUCAUAUCCACCAUCCGAACAGGUUGUUGGCACGAAAAAUGAAGUGAAUAUGAUUAAAAAAACUCCAGGCGAACAUAUCCUAACAACAUCCCGGUUUGUACAAGAACGUGAGCCAAACUCUGUCACAACAUCAGAAUUCAUAGAAAGACAACCCGAACAACGUCCACAAAAAAGAGUUAAUGAAGAAUCUAAAACUGCGGGUCAAGAUAUAGCUAAUACAGCUAUGACAGCCGCUUCUGAACAACUCGGUCCGCAAUAUCCACUAAUGCCAGCAAUAUAUCCAUCAUCUUACAAUUCGUUACCAUUCUACAGCAUACAAUACGCACCGUAUUAUCCGAAUAAUGCUUAUACUUACUAUUCGCCGUACGAUCCUGCUAAUACUAAUGUUGAUAAGAAACAGGGAAGGAUGAAAAAUGAAGGAGUCUAG